GACUAAAACUUUUUGUUCUGUGAUGGUCGGCAGCAGUGUAUUUUCCUAGAUAGGGAUGUCCCGUUUCGCAAAUUACUUCGGUGAUUCCUAUUCUCUUUUCAAAAUUUUGUGGGUUAUAUUUUCUCUAAACGAGUCAUAAGUGUGGUACUUUAAAGCUUUUGAUUAUUUUAUGUGUACAGGUUAAUUUAAAUGUAAUUAAAACUUUGUAAUGUACAAAUUCACAUUGCAAUAUUUUCCUGCGUGCAGGUUACGUAUGUGAUGGCCUAACGAAUACUAAGAGUUAUUAAAUGGAAUCAGAGUCUCCACCUCCACCUAAAAGAUUUCGGAGAAUAACAAGAAAAGAUAUCAACAUACCCUUAAUAGAAUGUAAACGAGAAUUUAAGUUGCCUCAACAAUUUCCCAGUAGGGUAACAUAUCCAAAACGAUUAUGUAAUUUAACACAGCCAAAAGAUUUAAAUAAUCCAUCGAGUAAAGGCAUGUUUGUGACAAAUGAUGUAAAGAAGAUGCAGUUAAAAUCAAAGGAUGGAAAGAACCUUGGGGAAAUUAAGCUGAAAUUUUUGUCUCCAAAUUUAAUAGGCAAAACCAUUGAUUAUAACAAAUUGGAUUUGAGGAAUAAAAUAAAUAAGCCUGUUACCCUUUCCUUUAAAUGUUCAAAGAAAUUAGAUAAAUCAUCAAUAAUGCAAGAGACAUCUGUUUGCAUCAAGAAUGUACCCGACAAUGUUAAUAGUGACAAAUAUAAUUUGGAGAAUUCUGAAAGCAAAUUACUCAAAAGUCCAUGUACAAUUUCUAGAUUUUUGCAAAAUGACGACCUAGACAAUAAUGUAACUAGUAAAAAUAUGUUUCUAUCGAAUAUAAUUCAUUGUAAUAAAUUGUAUGAUACUCGUGUAACAAGUAAUGGAAGUCCAAAAAAUAAAAAUGUGGUACCAUUGAGUACAUCAAAUGAUAGUUUAAUUACAAAAACAAAGGAUAAUAUAGGUAAUAUAAAAGGAUCUAUGUUGCAAAAAAGUCCAAUAGAGGCAUCCAAAGCGAAAGUUAACACGUUAAAAAAGACUAUAAUGAAAAAUAACGUAUCAGAACCAUCAAUAUUGAAAGUCAGUACUUUAGAAACAUCUACAACAAAGGUUGAUGUAUUGAAGCAACCUAUAGUGAAAGGUACUAUGGCAAAGAAAGUUGCAAUUAAAAUUAAGGAAAUAGAUAAUAUCAUUAACAAAACAGACAGCAGUAAAGCAAAUUUUGCUUCUGUUAUAGAGAAUAAGUCUUCGAAGGAGAAUAGUGAAAAUAUCGAAAGACUAAACAUGUUAAGACUUGACAACAGUACAGAGUCUAAUGGAAAAGCUCAGACUGAAGCAAAAAGCUUUGAGAUGCAAAUUGUACAAGAUGCUACUGUUCAAAACAAGUCACAAAUUAGUUCAAUUUCUGAAGAUGUAUUUUAUAAUAAGGAAAUUCACAAUACAAACACUAUUUCUUGUUUAAAAGAUAGCUCCUGUAAUAUCAUGGAACCUAAGAAUAAAAAAUCAUGCUUUGAAAAUACUAACAAUAGUACAAAUAUUGAUAAUGAGGAAACUAUAAAUGAGGUGAAGCAACAAAAACUGUCACAACGUUUAGAUAUAAUUAAAGAAGCAUUGAUCAGUGUAACUGAUAAAGAACUUCGUGCUAAAGCUUUAAAAGCACUCGAGGAUUGUGGUAUAGGUAUAGCAAAACAUGUUCCAAUUAUUCCUCCUGAAAACUUGAGGACAGUACACGAUUCUCAGAUACAGACUGAUGUGUUUGGACUCCUUGAUUUAGAAAAUUUUGUGUUAGUGAAAGAAGACAUACCUACAUUGGAAAGAAUAAAACAAAUCGAGCACUCCACAACAACUCCUAUGACUGACUUAAACAUACCAACGCAGCCUAGUAUUAUGGAGCAUAAUAAUUUUGAUAAUGAAUAUUUUUCGUUAAAUACGAAUUCACAGUUGCAAACAAAUGAUCUACAUACUUUAGAUAUGUAUUUCACUCAGUGUCAAAUCGAAAAUGAUAAUAUAGUAAAUAAUGUGAAACGAACUUUAGAUAUACCAUACUCACUAAUUAGAAAAGUUCAUACACAGCUAACAGUUGACUACACAUCAGUACAUCAGUGGGACAAUAAUGGAAUGCUUAAUAUUCAUAGAGCAGUGUUAGACAAUGAUCUACAAGAAGUUAAAAGACUCCUAUUGGUAUUAAAAGCCUGUAAAAUAAGUAUUGAUGUAUUAACAGAAAAUGAAAUGACCUCCUUAGAAUUAGCAGUUCAGUCGGAAGCAUCUAACGAUAUAGUACAACUAUUACUAGAUGAAGGAGCUAAACCAGUUUUACCAGAAACUGCACAUGAAUCAGCAAUAAUUAUAGCUUGUAAAUCAUCCUCUUCUUUAUUGCCUAUUCUGUUACAAUAUGUUACAGAUCAUGAGUUACUAAAUAAAGUAGAUUCUAAUGGCAUGGCUCCUAUACAUUAUUGUGCAUUGAACGGCAACUUAAGUGGAAUUAAUGCAUUAUUAAAGACUGAUGUUGAUGUGAAUUUGAAAGACAAUCGUUCAGGAAGAACUGCAAUCUUUCAUGCUCUUGAGAAUAAUCAUGUUCCAGUUGCACGAAAAUUAUUGGCGCAUGGAGCUAUUACAAGUAUAAAAAAUUUUUCAGGACAAUCUGCAUUGACUUUAGUAGAAGAAACAAAAAAUUUUUCGCUGAAAGCAGCAUUGAAAUAAAUAACACUUUAAUUUUAUUUAUACUAUAAUUUUAUUGUUGGACAGUUAAGAUUAUUUAGGUAAUUGAAGAAUAUGAAUAAACACAUCACAGCAACUAGUCUCUAAUAUAUUAAAAUCAUUAUUAUAAGAGAAAGAUAUGUAAAUAAUGAAUUAAUCUAAUGAAAUAAUUUCAUAAAUAGAUUGAAAUAUUUUUAUUUGUAGAAGACUUAUAACAAAAAUUGUAUUAUUGUGAAUUGUCUAUAUCACAUAUAUUGUACAAUAUUUACAUUCAAGAGAAUCAUAAUCAACCAUUGUUGAAGUUAUUUUUAAUGAAUUAUAAACCUGUUAUAAUCGUACUUUAAAUAUUAUCUCAAACUUUUGU